UAUCUGGGUAUUUGAAGUUACUAUGUUUUCAUAUAAAUUGCUCGGUUUCACUAAUAAGUACUAUAACUUAGUUCUGUCUAGAAAAUGCUCAGUUGCUCUAAAUAUAAGAAAGACAGUGUUCAUAUCAAGUUCCAAAGACAUUUUCACAAAUCUUGCUUUAGAAGAUUGGCUGUAUAAAAAUUAUGAUUUUAAAAGUCAUCAUGUGUUGUUAAUGUGGCAAAGUGACCCUUGUGUAGUAAUUGGUAGACAUCAAAAUCCUUUCAUUGAGGCUAACAUAGCUGAGUUAAAAAAUAUUACAAAGGAUGGUGUAAGUUUAGCUAGGAGGGAUAGUGGAGGUGGAACAGUAUUCCAUGAUAAUGGAAAUUUAAACUUAUCGUUUUUAUCAACACAUGAAUGCUACAAUAGGAAACAUAACUUAGAAAUUAUAUCAAGAGCAAUUUUGAAAGAAUGUGGGUUAAACAUAGAAAUUAAUAAAAGAGAGGAUCUAGUCCUUGAUGGCUGCAAAGUGUCUGGAACUGCUUCAAAGUUGGGACGACCAAACGCUUAUCACCAUUGCACAUUAUUAAUAAAUGCAAAUAAGGACGAUCUAUCAAGAUCAUUGGAAAAACUUGACUUGAAUAUUGAAACGAAUGCCACACAAUCUGUUCGUUCGAAAAUAAUGAACUUGAGUGAAAAAAAUCCGCAAAUUUCUAUCGCAAAUUUGAUCAAAACAAUUGGUAUAGAGUAUAUGCGGACUCCUGCAUUCCAGGGAAAAAAUAAAGCCGUCUACCCCAAUAUUCCUCAAGGAUUUAAGUAUAUAAAUCCAUCUGAGGGUGAAUUUCCUGGUUUGAAUAAAAUUAAAGAGCAUUUUUCUAGUUGGAAGUGGAUUUAUGGAAAAACGCCAAAAUUUGUUGUCAAACAUGACGUUCCACUUCCUAAUUUGGAUACUUCAGGUGAAAAAUGCGUAGCAAUAUUGACUGUAGAAAAUGGGCUCAUCUGUAAAAUUGAGUUUGUGCUUCCUAAACUUCUCGACGGUUUGGAUAUCGAUGAAAAUGUUGACAGUCAGCUAAAAAACAGUGUGUUUGAUUUGGAUACCUUUAUUGUUCUGCAAAAAAUAUUCGACGAAGCCCUGAACAACAAAGUUUCUUUUGUAGUAUAAUAUACCUCACUCUGCUAAUAUUAUUUAAAAUUUAUUUGACCCAUUACAAGAUGUUUUGGGAGGUGCAAAGUUAUUCUUUCACUUCAAAUGAGUGCUUUUCUUCGAAAUAUGUAUAAUGAUAUCCAUAUUUUCCUUUUUUUUUGGUGUGAAAAAGAUGUGCCUAACUUCAAAGAGAAAUUUCUAAAUAUACAGAAAUUAUAAAUAGUUUUGUGGAGUUCCAUGCAAAAUAGAUUUUAAAAAAAUGGUAAAUUUUAGAUUAGUUUCAGUGAGAAUAAGUUAAUAAUGAAAAACUUGUGUCACAAUAUGCUGAAUUUUAUUUGGUUUUUUUAAUUAAAUUAUUUUAUGUUUUUUUGUUGGAUUGUUUUAAUAGUUGUUUAUUAUUAUUGUUAUUUUCUUCAAGUGUUUUAUUGUUUGAAAAUUAAAAUUGGGAUACUGUUAUAUUCUGAUAAUGUUAAUAAUCUCUACAUGGAAAUAACGAAGUUGAAAAAAAAUAAAUUAAAAAUGAUGAA